GCUUCAUACAGUUACUGUGUGACUCUAGCAAGAGGCUGCUACAACUGCUUCCCCACCAACUUGAGGCUUUUAUCGCAGUACCCCUCCUGACGAGCCCUGCCCAUCGCCGCGGAGGAAACGCAAUAUCUGCUAGCCGCAGCGAUGAGGACGCGGCCACGACCAGGCGAACCACACCUCGCAUACUCGGUGUCGCUGCAGGCGGUGCCGCGGAACAGGGUCUCACUGGUCCCUCCGAGGUUGCCUUCCUUGCUCGCCUCCUUAUCGCCCUGCAGUUGGACUUUCUCUCCUUCUUGCGUACAGGUACGUUGUCGAGCCUACCGUAUUUUUUUUGUGGAUUAUAA